AUGGAAAGUAAGGUGAUGGAUGCUCUUUUCAUGAAGAUAGAAAAGGUUAAAGUGUUGGGGAUUAAACUCGAAAAUGUUGAGAAAAAGGUCAAGGAUUUGUUAUCUGAGAAGCAUUUAUCUGAAAAGCUAUGUCCGGUGUUUGCGAUGCUUCAUCGCUUGGAGGGUGUUUCGCCUCAAAGUUGUGAUCCAAAACAAGGAGGACAGGGUAUAUUAAAGGAAUCCCCUAAAGCCCCAGUCAAUCCCAUUGUCAAGAAAGAACCUAAGGGCAAGGAGAAAAUGAAAGACGAAGGGCCCAUAAUUGACAAUGAUGAAGACGAAGAGCCUGAUGAAGCUGAAUUUAAAAGGCAGGAGGCUUUUGCAUCCUUUGAUAUUCAAAACACCCAAACCUCACAACUAGAUCUUCCCAUCACUCUUAUAGUAUUUAGGUUUCAUGCUUUCUUGAAUGUUUCAGAUGCUCCUAUCACAGACAGUGGUGUUGAUCAUAUGUUGUUCUCGUUCUACUUGAAGUACAUGAAGCCCCAGUAUAAAACUUGGUAUCCGAACAAGAUUAAUGCUGUGAAAGUCACUGGACCAAUCGAGACUGAUAGCUUUCCUAAUGCAAAGUUUAAAGUAGCGAGAGGUUUGGAUAGUCAAGUCUACAAAUUCACACUCGCAGAUUUGCCCUAUCUGAAUCCUUAUGACUAG